AUGAGAAAGGCAAAUAGGUAUUUUGAUUUGGGAGUUCGACACUUCGAACCAGUCGGCGGCGCAGGCGGCAGCGGCACGGCGGCAGCGACUACUCGCUCCGCAGUAGGUGAACUCCGGUGUGGAGGUCUCAGAUCUCUGCGAAACUACGACGAGAAGGUUCUCGAUCCCGAUUCGAGAGAAAGGUUUCAUAUACUUCAAAUGAGAAAUACUGUUACGAUUGAUAAAUUUUUUCAAAGGAAGAGAGCAAAUAAACUGGAUCCGGCUACUCCGAUGACUCUAUCGACAAGAUCAAAUAAUGAUGAUCUUCCAUCUGAAAUUCCUCCUAAAAGAUUCAAAAAUACAGAAACUGAAGAGGUUGAUCUUGAUUCUUUAGAGCGUGAUCCAAGAUUGCGUCGACAAAUUUGGGAAUAUCAUCCUAAUCAACGAGACGAGAUUCGUCGAGUUUAUUUGAAUCUGAAAGCAUAUCAACCUAUUCUUCAAGAAUAUCCAUUAAAUAAAAUAUUAAGCACCCUCGAAGAUUUCAGUCAACUUGGAUACUUAAAUCUAACUACAUUUACUGUUGAUGGAUUUGAUAAGUGGAAGAAAAUUCGAAAUGGAAAAGCUUGUGCUUUCCUAGGCCAUAUGGGAAAGGAUAAUGUAUCUUCACCCCAUCGUAAUGCUGAAAAGGCAUGUGAGGAUUUGAUGAACCAAACACAACAUAUAUCAAGGAGAUUUGAUAAUUUUAAUGAUGAACAAGUUGCAACUAAUCGUCUUCGAUUGAAGGCUCACAUACACGUGGUGUUAUUACUUGCACUUCAAGGAAUUCCGUUUAGAGGUCAUGCUGAGAAAUCUAGUUCAUUUUAUCAUGGCAAUUUUCUUGAAUUUUUGGAUGUGCUGACCAUGUACAAUGAUGAACUUUCAAAGGCAAUUGUGAAAUCUCCAAAAAAUGCCAAAUAUACAAGUCACAAUAUUCAGAAACAAAUACUUCAUAUGCUUUCGGUGAGAGUGAAAAAUACAAUUCGUGAAGAAAUUGGAGUUGCCAAGUAUUGCAUAAUUGUUGAUGAAGCCCGAGAUGAGUCAAAAAGAGAGCAAAUGUCUAUAGUAUUGAGGUUUGUGGAUAGUAAUGGAUUCAUUCAAAAACAUUUUUUUGGCCUUGUUCAUGUAUCUGAUACUGCGGCUUUAACUUUAAAGGAUGCUAUAUAUUCUGCUUUGGCUCACUACAAUUUGGAUGUUUAA